AAUACGGCUGUUGGUGUUGGACCAGUGAUGGGUGAUGAUGGGUGACUCAAAGGAGCCAAAAGCCUGUGGCCUUUACAGUACCUCUGUGUAGACAUCUGAAACUGUAUCCAGAAGCUGAUGUUGGGAUGGCUUCUCCUUGGACAUGCGGUCAAAUCUAGAGGGACUUCCAGACACCCAGAUCCAUCUCUCAGGGUGGUCCUUUGAGGCUUCUAGUUUCACGUGGAGGUCUGCUGAGCUGAGACUGGCUAGACAUGGCCAAAAGGGAUUACCUACUGGAUGCGGCCCGGCAAAUUCGUAUGGCACUGGACCGAGAGGUCAGUGAGGACUAUGAGGCUGCAUUCAACUACUACAAGAAGGGAGUUGAUUUGCUGCUAAAUGGAAUACAAGUAGACCCAAAUAAGGAACAGCGUGAGGCAGUGAAGCGUAAAACCACGCAGUAUCUGAAGAGAGCUGAAGAGAUCUUCAUCUCCCACCUGCAAAACAACUAUCAGAAGGGAGGAUCUCAGAUGGAGCAGGGUUACAGCAGCCUAAGGUUCCGACCAAUCAGACACCUGAACUCACCGGUGGAAGAUCUAAAGAUGUAUAAAGUUGUUGGCAUCAUUGACAAGGUUCUGACUGUUCAGAGUCUGGUUUGCAAGGAUACAUUUGUGAUAAAGAGCCUUCCCAAAUCAAGUGGAAAUUGCCGUGAUAGGCCUACUAUCAUCCCUCAGAAUGUUCCAUGUAUGGUGAAACUUCUGAGGUAUUACGUAAGUGAGGAUGCAGUCUAUCUGCACCUGGACCAUGUGAAAGGAGGUAAACUAUUUUCUAAACUGCACAAACUCAGGGGACAGACAGCGAAGGAGCAUCCUGAGUGCUGUAGUCAGCACAGGAUCGGACUGAAAAACAGCUACACAUCACCAGCUAUCAGUACGGAAUAUGGUCAAGAUGAUGGUCAGAAGGUCGGGAGAACCCAACCCACAGAGGGAGGACCUGCGGUCACGACUUCGCCAGCGUCCUGGUAUGAGGCUCAGCAACGACUGGAGAACUGCCAAACCCACUCCUACAGUGAGGAGACAGGCUGCUUGCAGCUUUCCAAGUUGGAGAAACUGGAUGCGAAGUUGAACCGGGAGUUGUCAUUGCAUGCAAAGACACCACGUGAGCUUUCAACAUCCUCAUCUGAAAAAAAUCAUAAUUUCACCAUGCAUCUCAGUACCCACUCAGAUCAACAACGAUCACCAAGUAUACAUUCAGAACCUCCCAUAAAUGACACUGGACCUGACAAACCCAUGUACAGCUCAGAACUUGGUAUCGCCUGUAACUCUUCUGAUCCAUUGCACAAGUGUGGGGCUUGUAUGACGCCACUACACUCUGGAAGUAAUUAUGCAGUGGAUAAUGUUCAGACAUCUUUGGAACACCCUCUUUCAACAGCUCAGAGGCAGACGUCAAAUGACGAGGUGGGAACGACUGCUGCUAUUGAACCUGCCUCUUUCUCCAGGGAAAUGGACUCAGAGACAAAAGGCGAAGCCAUUAAUCCAAGGUGCAAUAAAACAUCAUCCUCAGGAAAUGUUUGCUCUCAAAUUGUGUUGAGUAGCGAUGAUUUCAGUAUGCAGCACUUGGCUGACCCUGCUGUUAGGGUAUCAGGAGAAGUAUCCGAGGAGAGGCUUCAAAAGCAAAUGGAGGAGAGAAAGGGAGAUCUGGGUUCAGUUGACGGAGAGAAACUUCAGAAAGCAGCACAUGAAAGUGGCCUAGGUUCUCCAUCUUCUAGCCUCACCAGGGACACCCAUUCUCCAAAUGAAAUGGAAGACCUUGAAAUUGAGGUGGAUGGCUGGUUCCAUGUACCUCAGUUCAAGAAGCAGGUCCCCAGAAUGAAGUCCCCCCAUGGACACUGGGGUCUACCUGAGGCUGAGGUGUGUACAUGGGGAGCCCAGAUCCUUAUGGCGCUGGAGAGCCUUCACGAACAGGGUAUCAUCUGCUGCGACCUCAACCCAAACAAUAUCCUUCUCAGUACUCAUAGUAAGGUCUGCCUGACUUACUUUGGCCAAUGGAGUGAGGUGCAGCCAGUGAUCUGUCCAAAGGCAAUGGAACAAAUGUACUGCGCUCCAGAGAUAGGUGGGAUGGCUAAGAUCACAGAGGCAUGUGAUUGGUGGAGUUUGGGGGCCUUGCUCUUCGAACUUCUUACUGGGAUGCCGCUGUGGCAGUGUCACCCCACAGGAGUGGACUCACACACCCAGCUCCUCGUCCCAGACCACCUAAGUACGGCGGCAGCCUCGCUGCUCACGGAGCUCCUUCAGUUUGAUGCUGGCUAUCGUUUGGGCUCUGGUGGUGGUGGUGUGAGCGACAUCAAGUGCCAUCCUUUCUUCCACUCAGUGGUGUGGCCCAGUUUGGACAGUUAAUGGUGAUGCCCCAAGAUAAACAUCUUGGGCUCUUUUGGAUCAUUAGCACCCUCAGAAGAAUUAUUCAUAUCAACUUCAAGCUCCUCAGCAGUAGAACCUAACCAGGGCUACGUUUGAACUUUUUCCAAGCUGGGUGAUGUCCCUGGACCUGGGGUAGUGAUUGUGGUGGUUUUUGAAGGGAAAAAAUGAUAUACAAGUGUGGCCAAAUUUGUUAAUACCCUGUUUAUUUCCAGCGGAGCGUAAGUAACGGCAUUUUCUGGUAUGUUCUGCUCAUUUCGUGUUCACUCUGACUCCAAAUAUCUUGUUCAUGCCCAACAGGGCAACUCUUUAUUCAACUUUGACACACGCAUAAAUCCUUCAGCAUUUAGCAUGCUUAGACACUAGGUGCAACAUCCAACAGGGUCCACAGGUAUGCUAAAACAAUAGCCGUUACAUCACAUUUUCUUCUUCCGUGAACAUAGAGCUGAUGAUGAAGCUCUGGUUUCAUCUCAUGAGUCCAAAACACUGAUACAUUUUAGCCAGUUUCAGUCUGGGUUUUUAAUGUGCUUCUUUCAGCAGUGCAGCCAUGUCUAGGUUGAAUGGCUACAGUCCCAUGGACCUUAAACC